AGCUGGGAGUUAAUUUAUAGAAAGAAUAUUGGUUUACCAAAAAUAUUUUGUCAAAAUCUUACCACGUUGAUUUAAAAGGAAAAAGUUAAACUUUACGACAUCAAAAUUUUUUUUACUUCAAAUCCAUUGAAUUCUUCUUUUUUACAAUAUUUUAGCUGCGCUUUCAACAAAUAUCCAAAACAAAAAUGUCAAUUACAAAUACAGAAUCUGAGUUAUCUGUUGCUUUGUCUGGCAUUGAAUUGGAGGAUCUACUUAGUAGGCACCGACGUGAACGGAAAGAUCUCCAAGCCAAAAUACAAGCGCUGAAAAAGAAUGCUCCUAAAAAUGACAAAAAGAAACGUAAGGAGGCAAUGGAAGAAGUAGCUCGCAUGGAAAUUGAUUUAGAGAAAAAGCAAGCAGCUGAGGUAGCGGCUUUAGAGGCCCAAAAGAAACAGCGAGAACAAAAUCAAACACCUAAUGCGCAAAAUACAGCCGCAGAUGAUACGUUGUGUAAUGGAGGAGAUGAACAAAAUACUGGUAAUGCUACUCAACGUGUAACGAAAGCACAAAAACGACGUGAUAAAAAGGCUCGUGAAGCCCUGGAACGAGAGGAAGAUAUUCGAGCUGCUGCUGAGGAUGCGAAAUACGCACCAAAAGCUGUGGAAGGACGUACUAUACAAACAAAAUUGCUAGAGCGACAAUUAGCCCUACAUAAUAUUCCCUCCGAUGGUGAUUGUCUCUACAAUGCAGUGCGUCAUCAAUUAUCUCAAAACGGACUUACUGCACAUAGCGUACAAGAACUGCGAAAGGAGACCGCUAACUACAUACGAGCACAUAAAGAUACAUUAAUAUGUUAUAUGACAAACCCAAAAACUGGCGAAUUACUUACCGAGGCGGAAUUCGAACAAUAUUGCAAUUCAGUGCAAAAAACACCGGCAUGGGGUGGACAAAUUGAACUUAAGGCUCUGUCAUCAAUACUAAAAGUUCCCAUUGAAGUGCUGCAGGCGGAAGGGCCACCCACUGUACAAGGGGCAGACGAAUUUUCUGGUCCUAAUCUAAUAAUUACUUAUCAUCGACACAUGUACAGUUUAGGUGAACAUUAUAAUUCAACUGUGCUAAUAGAAAAACAACACGCAUAAACCAGAAGGGCUCAUCUAAUAAGACAUAGUAUUGCUUACACGUCCUUCAAAAAAAAAUGACGAAUUUUAUUUGUACGACAAAAUUUAAUAAAUUAAAAUGUACAAAUC